AUGGAUCACGGCGCCGCAGUCCUCGACCCAGCACUACGAAGCGCGGAGCCCUCGAAUAAUAAUGGUAGCAAUGGCAUGAGCGGGACACCCCAGGGCGGCGGCGGCGGCGGCGGCGCCUACCACGAUGACGAAGCCGCUGCUGCUGGAGCAAGCUCCGAGGGUCAGGGACAGGGACACCAUCAUCACCAGCACCACCCCGACUCCCCCGAGACACCUCACUCUGGCCACGACGGCGAGACACCGCAGCACGAAGCGCUCCACGGCGGAAACCCCGACGACCCCAAGCGGCCGCGCGCGUGCGAGGCGUGUCGUGGCCUCAAGGUGCGAUGCGAACCCGAUCCGAACGAUACCGAGGGCCCGUGUAAGCGGUGCAAGAAGGCAGGGAGGAACUGCGUCGUGACGAUGCCGACGCGCAAGAGGCAGAAGAAGACGGAUUCCAGGGUCGCGGAGCUGGAGAAGAAGAUUGAUGCGUUGACGGCGAGCUUGCAGGCCCGCGGAAGCUCCGCGGCGCCGAGCGCGAAUACUAGCAUGCCCACGCCGGGUAGGGACGAGAAUCCGUAUAAAAAGGGGUGGGUGGGCCACGGGCUUGCGAGGGAGUGGACUUCGAGUACGGUUGCGGGGACGGGGUUAUCUGUCGAAGGGCUCGAUCCGCAGGAAGCGCACGCGGCGGAAAAGGGGCGGUUCGAUCACAUUACUUUGCCGGGACCCCCCGCCGCGGCAGGGCAAAAGAGGAAGCUUUCGGACCGCGGGGAUGAUACGCCGAGCGGUAGCGAUGUACCUGACGGGGGACAGAUUGGAGCCAGGCCAGCGCCGCCGAUCCACAUGGGCAGCGACUACGCCGACGUCGUGGAGCGCGGGAUCCUGAGCGCGGAGAAGGCGGCGGAGCUGUUUGAGCGGUAUAACACGCUCAUGGCGCCUCAUAUGCCUGCGGUGGUGUUCCCGCGGGGCGCGACGGCGGAGGAGACGAGGAGGGCGAAGCCGUUGCUGUUUUUGGCUAUUAUGGCGGCGUCGAGCUCCGAGAGCCCUAAUGUGCAGCGGAGGCUGGUCAAGGAGCUGAUGCAGAUUUUCGCCGAGAAGAUUAUUAUUACGGGCGAGAAGAGCUUGGAGAUUGUGCAGGCGCUACAGGUGGCUGUGAUAUGGUACUGGCCGCCCGAGCACUUUGAGGAGCUGAAAUUCUACCAGCUCGUGCACAUUGGCGCUGUGAUGGCGCUGGAUAUAGGGCUCGGAAGGCGCACGGCGGGCAGGAAGAUGCAGAUACCCUACCAGUGGCGCAACCACCCGUUCAAGAGGGCGCCUCCUCCCGACCCGACGACGAGCGAGUGUCGGCGGGCGUGGCUGGCUGCGUAUUUCCUGGCCGCCAACACCUCCAUGGCGCUGCACCGGCCGAACCUGGUGCGGUGGACGAGUUUCAUGGCCGAGUCGAUGGAGGCGCUGCAGACGAGCGCGGACGCGGCGCCGAGUGACAAGUACUUCUGUCAUCUGGUGUGGACGCACCGGCUUGCGGAGGAGGUCGGGAUACAGUUCUCCAUGGACGACCCGGCUGUGGUGCCGAACAUUACGGAUUCGAGGACGCAGUAUUCGUUGAGGAUGCUGGAGAGGGAUUUGGAGAAGUAUAGUGCUUCCGUUCCCAAGGAGGAGAUGCAAUCAACCCUCAAAAUGUCCUUCCACGUCCUCUCGCUCUACAUGCACGAAAUCGCCCUCCACACCCAAAUGGACGACAUCCGCCCGCCCUUUGACACAGCAACCCUCAAAGACGGCAUGCUCACGAACCUAAUCCUAACAACCUCCCAUAUCAACGCGCUAUCAGCAUGCCUCUCAGCCAUUGACGGCAUCUUCGAGGCCUUUUUAGCAAUGGAGGUACCCAGCAUCCGCUGCCUGCCCGUCUUCAACUUUGUUCGCGUGGCGUAUGCCGUUGUGGUGCUCAUCAAAAUGUACUUCUCCGCCACGGCGCCGGGGUCAGAGCUGGGGAGGGUGAUUGAUAAGGAUAAUAUGAAGGUGGAGUAUUACCUCGACGCGUUGCUGGAGAAGUUCCGCGCUGCUGCGUUGGAUGAUCGCAGUCGGCCGGCGGCCAAGUUUUUGAUUGUGUUGGUUAUGUUGAGGAGUUGGUUCUUGAAGCAGAGCAAGGGCCUUGCUACAGGUGUUCCCCCUGGGUUCGCGGAAGCAGCAGCUGCUGCUGCUGGGUUUAAGGGUCCGAAUUCGCAGUCCGAGACGCCGGCUUCUGCUGCUGCGCAAUCGUCUUCGAGGCGGCCGGAGGCGACGCCCGGUUCCACUGUCGCUGAUGAGCAGCAGCAGCAGGCGCAGCAACGGGCGUAUGGGGGGCAACAGCACCCGCCGAUGCAGGAGUAUCCCGCCGCCAACACGCCUCUUCACCUACUGUCGGAAAUUGCCACGCAAAAUGAUCGCUCCGGCGGCGGUGGCGCGGCGAAUAAUAUCCUCUGGAACCCGCCCCCGUCACGCCAAUCCUUCCUCUACGACCCCAGCGCCGUGACGCCUACCCCGAUGGACGGACCUGGUUCCGGGCCCGGGACAGCGGCGUCGAGCGGCACGGCGACGACGACGGUCGCGGGUGCGGCUGCCGCAGAGCAAGGGCCGGGGCCUAAUACAGUGGCACCCUGGUUGAAUCCCGUCUGGACAAACGACUUGCAAGAUUUCGGGCUCGACCCGGGCUUCACGAAUGAUUUAUCACUCGAGGAGAUCACCACGGGAUUCGGGACGAGUCCGGGGAGCUUGAGCAACGGGAUGCGGUAUGUAAUGGCGCAGGAUCCGUGGUUGAGCGGGAUGAGUGGGCUCGGGGAGAUUUUCGAGGGGAUGCCUGGGGGUUCGGGCCCGCCCAUGUUUCCCAUGUGA